AUGAAUCAGAGCAAGGCCGACUUUGAGCCUUUUGAAUAUUCCUAUGAUUAUUCAGACUGGUACUCGAACAACGCAGAGCCAACCAAACCCCCCAAAGAAGUUAUUUUGCCAUGUGACCCAACAGCGGACGACAGGCUCUUCAACAUAUGCAUGCUGUCGAUAUCUCUGGUGGUCAUGUUAAUCCUGGCAGUUCUCUCCAGGAAAAACAAAUUCUGCCAAGGAUUUACAAGAGGAUCCUCCAGUAUCUUCAGUCCAGUCAACUUCCUGGACCAGACUCAGAAAAAAGGCCUCAUCAUGGCUGUUUUUGGACUGGUGUUCAGCAAGCUGGCCAUGCUGAUGAUCACCCCGGACCCUCUGCCUUUCUCCAAAGAUACUCCAGCCAAUAUUAAAGAGUACAUGAAGAUAAUCGCCAUCUUCUACUAUCCUGUCCUGUAUUAUCCUCUGGUGGUCUGUUGCACUCUGCAGCACAAAGCAGGUUACGUGUUCGGGACGCUCCUCUCCUUCAGUCACUUCGCGGUACUGGUCUGGCAGAAGUUUGACUGUCCAACGACUCCAGAGAUCUAUAAGUACUACGCUCUGCUUGCAAGUCUGCCUCAGUUGGCCUGCCUCGCAUAUCUCUGUGUCCAGUUUCCUUUGCUGUUUGUGAAAGGACCAAAAACGGACGAGGACCUUGACAGCAGCUACUACACCAACUAUGUGAAGUUGCUUCUCAAGAAAAAGUCCUCAACUGGCAGCGCUUCAACUACAGACAAACCAACGCUGGUAGAGAGAAUACUGGAGGUGCCCAAGAGUUAUAUUUAUAUACCAGAAAAAGUGUUUCGUUUUCCACUAAAACUGGCCGUAUCAGCAUUUGUUGCCCUUGUGGCGAUAUAUCAUACGGCGUUGUUGUUGGUCGUCCUGGUGGUCCCCACUCUCCACAUUGUCCGUGCUGGUAUCGAUGAAAACAUCGCCUUCCUGUUACUUGGGUUCGGGAUCGUCCUGUCAGAUGACAGGAUGGAGGUCGUCAAAAUUGUGACCUUCUAUACUUGGUUGCUGGAGGUGUGCUACCUCUGUGCGGUGACCCUGUCUUGUUUGGUCAGUCUCAUCAUGCUCAUGAGGUCCUUGGUACUUCACAGGUCAAACCUGAAAGGACUGUAUAAAGGAGACGUUUACAGCGUUUAUAACAGCCAGAAGACCAUCCGGCCAUCUAAACCUGGUAUUGUCUGUUGGAUGGGUUUGACUGGAUACCAGGCUGCGAUCGUCUGCCUCGGAAUGGCAAUUCAGACUGUGGUGUUUUUCAUCUGCUUCUUGUUCCUGGUGUUUUUGAUCAUAAUCCCUGUUUUUUACGGUCGUAAUGUCAUCGUCUUCGCAAUCGCGGGGAAGGCAUGGUCGGGCUGGGUCACACUGAUCCUGGUUACUUUGCUUCAACAUGUGACUGCUCAGUUUGCUUUCAUUAAAAAGGAAGCCAGUACGAGAGACUUAAAGAACAGAGAGAGUCUGUUCCUCCUGACGUACCUGCUGUUCCUGAUCAACACCUUAGUGGGACUGAUAGUCGCCAUAUGGAGGAUGGUGAUAACAGCCCUGUACAACAUCAUCCAUCUUGGUCGUAUUGAUGUCAGUCUGCUGCAUCGCACCGCAGAGUCCUACGACCCAGCCUACCGAUACUACGCCCACUCCCUGAAGGUGGAGGUCAGCCAGUCACACCCGGUGUUGAAGGCUUUCUGUGGGGUGCUGCUGGACAUGAUGAUCGAGGGUGGCAGAGCCGGGCAGAAAAUAAGAGACGCAGAGGAAGGGAUUCAGGAGAAUAGGCUGAACAAGGCGACCAGCCGUCGGAGGAUUCACGCUCGCUGGCAUCUGCUGUACACGCUGGUCAACAACCCGUCCCUGCUGGGCUCCAGGAAGCACUUCCAGACGCAGCAGACCUCGGAAACCGUCCUGAAUGGGACCCCAAAACGCGGCUCCAAGAAAGGCAGCAAGAAGGAGGACUUCAAGCCUGCGGCCGUGCCAGUCCAGCCCACUGAGACCCUGACCAGCCAAGAUAAAACUGAAUGA